ACAGAUCAAACGUGCAAAUCAGCGCAUUCAUCCGAAAAGAACAUGGCUGCGCCCAAGUCUCAGGCCUGCUUCCUGCUUACUGUUCUCUUCGUCGGCUUCAGUUGUGCUUUCGUCAACAGCUCGGGUCGAUUCGGAAGAUCCUGCCCACGCACAGUCACAAGAGCUGCAGCCGCUGAUAGGCCAGUGGUCGCUGUGGUGGGGGCAAAUGGCCGCACGGGGUCUUUGGCAGUGGAGGCCAUCGCCAAAGGAGGGCUGGCAAAAGCCAGAGCCUUGACAAGGUCAGGCAACUGGCAGCCGGAGGACGCAAGCAUCAACCAAGAACAAUUCGAAGUGGGACAGGCCGAUGUCACUGAUGCGUCAUCCCUGGCUGCAGCUUUUGCAGGGGUGGCGGCUGUUGUGUUUGCAGCGGCGUAUUCGCGAGGGAAGACGAAGCCGCAAGAUGUAGACAAUGCUGGUUUGGUGAACUGCGCCAAGGCGGUCCUGGAGCAGGGUGUCGAGCGGCUGGUUGUUGUCAGCAGCGCUUCGGUCACCAGACCCUAUGCCCCAGUGGGGAUUCUAUUGAACACGAUCGGAUCUGGCGUGCUGAGCGAAAAGUUGGAGGGCGAGGACAAAGUGAAAGAACUCUUUGAGGGAAGCGAGUCAUCGUAUACGAUUGUCCGCCCUGGUGGUCUCACAAUGGAACCGCCUGCUGGCUUUGUGGAGUUGCAGUUCAAUCAAGGAGACACCUACGUGGGCAGUGUACCUCGUGCCGAUGUUGCUGCUGUAUGUGCCGUUGCAGCCAGCGACCCGCUGAAUAGUGGUGCAAACAAAACCUUCGAGAUGUUCAAGGGCCGCGGGCGAUCACCUUUGCUGCCGUGGUACCGUGGCAAGACCCGAUACAUGGUUGGCGGCGUAUCUGACUGCAGCGCCAUGCUGGCACGGCUCAGGCCAGACAAGGAAGUUUACGACAUUCCUGGGGCUCUGCCAAUUGGCCUGGCAGACUUUGAAAUGGUUUGGGCCCGCCCCAAAUAAAUUACCUCUAUGGCCAUGACAUUUCGGAUUUUCCAUUGCAUCAGCUGCACGUUGCUUCGAGCUGCAGCUCCUGGAUUUUCCACUCCGCCACAAUAUAUUUUCAGUUGCUUCUCAGCCAAGCUGGGUGUGGGCAGUGUUCACGUCUGGGGUGCAGAAGCAGCUCUUGACACUUUGCGUGGAGUUGCAUGGUAGCCUUUGUCAGUUCGCAGAAA